GAACCGGUGCCGCUGCUUAUUUUCCUGAAAAAGGUUUCUUUUUAUAUAAAUAUUACAGAUAAAGUAAAGAUGACUUCUGUUAAUCCUUGUGUAAUUCCGACACAGCCUGAAGACAUCGAAGGUGAUAAUCGAUGGUUGUCAAUUCACAAGCGUUUUUUGCAAGAGUGUAGAGAGAAAGACCCGGAAAUUUUAUUUGUUGGUGAUGAUAUUUUGUUAGAUCUGUCGUUUACUGAAGUUUAUCGAAGUUUUGAGGAAAUGCAUUUAUUAAACUUCAGCAUUCGGGGUGAUAAAACUCAAAACAUUCUCUGGCGACUUCAAGACGGUGAACUUCAAAAUAUCAAUCCUAAAAUAAUUGUAUUACAUUGCGGAACCAACAAUAGCCCGCACAAUUCGGCUGAAGAAAUCGCAGAAGGAAUUGCCGAAUGUGUCUUGCAAAUCAGAAAUCGCCUCGAAGAAAGCUUCAUUGUGGUUCCAUCACUGUUGCCUCGUGGUCAUCAUCCGAAUAAAUUGCGUGAAAUAAACGAAAAAGUCAACGAGUUGAUGAAAGAAAAACUUCAAAGUAUGAAGAAAGUACAAAUUGUGGAUAUUUCUAAAGGUUUAGUUCAACUCGAUGGCACAAUUUCCCAUCACGAUUUACACGACUACUUGAAUCUUACAAAUGCUGCAAGCAAAAAACUUUUUGAGCCUAUUUGGGACUUGUUGAAUCAAAUAUUGAAUGAGAAUGAGAAGGAGGUGUUAUUAACACCAACAGAAUGAGAAAGUAAAAGAAAAGAAUUGCAAUUACCC